GAUGACAGAACCGAAGGGGUAAAUCGACCUCGCCAACUUGUAGUCCUAAGAAACGGAAAUCCGUUACCUCUGGCUCAUUCAGCCAUUCACAUGGGGAAAAUGAAUGAGGAAAGAAUAUGGUUUUGGUGUAAAGGCGGAAAAUAAAGUCUGAGGUUAGCACAGGUUUAGGAGAUCCUAUACGUUUUGUUCUAUGAGAUAAUAUCAGUCAGUUAAUAUGACCUUUAAAAAUUAUGAAGACUUUUAUGUGCUUUUUUCCUUCUUCAUAAACGCUUAAAAAUGCUCAAAAAAGUGACGUUAGCUGAACAAAACGAAUAAUAUAUCCUAAACCUGUGUUUACCACAUACCUUAUUUUUCGGCAUUUAUCCAAAAACCCUACAAAAACUCCAUUCAUUUUGUACAACGAACCAUGGCGGAGUUGGUGCAUACAAAAAGACGCCAUUACUAUUUAUCUCUAUAACAGAGUAGGAUUUCAGAACGUGUCGUUCACUGAAGGCGCACCCGGUCAGUGCGCGUCGUUUGUUUACCAACUGCGCUGGCGCAAACUUGUCAAUAUUGCCAACUAGCAGGAUUCAGACAAAGACGUUAGCCAUAAUUUGACAGCUCGACCAUGUCUGCCUCGGCCGCUAGAGAUCCUGUUGCUAAAAAGAAGCAUGUUCGUUUCGCUAGAAUGGAGGAGGAUGAUGAUGAUGAUAACGAUGACCAAGAGGAAGAUACUCUGUUUGACAAGAGGAAAGACACGAGACGAGGGCUGAAGAGUGUAAUGAAAGGGAGGAAGAGAAGUUCGAAUUCAGAGUUCGAUGAUGAGGUUGAAAUCAUCGAUGGAGGUGGCAGGGCCAGCGGUUCUGGAGGCUGCAGCAGCUGGAUGAUCACCUUAGCGCUCUGUGCGUCAUUCCUCGGCCUGGGGAUGAGUAUCUCUGUCUUAGGCCCCACAUUUCAAGACCUUGCCAUCAACGUCAACCAGAACAUCAGCAACAUCUCCUACAUCUUCGUAGGCCGCUCGAUGGGCUAUAUAGGCGGCUCUGUGUUGUCCGGGAUUCUCUUUGACUGCAUGAACAGCCAUCUGCUGCUGGGCCUCUCCAUGCUGGUCACAGCGUUUGGGAUGUUUGCCAUCCCUUUCUCUAAGACGGCCCUUCUCCUCACUGCCCUGAUGUCCAGUAUUGGAGUUUCCAUGGGCUUUCUAGAUACAGGCGGUAAUGUCCUGAUCCUGCAGACGUGGGGGGAUCAGGCUGGCCCCCACAUGCAGGCCUUGCACUUCAGCUUCGCUGCUGGGGCCUUCGCCUCGCCCAUCAUCGCCAAGCUGCUGUUUGGAACGGACCUGGACGUGGCUACAAACAGCAGCAUGGAAGCCUCGGUGGCAAACUCCACCUCCCCAUCUGUCACAGACCACGUGCCCCAAACUGUGUCCUCUCCUACGGUUAUUCGCUUCGUCCACAGUAGCAGCACCCUCAAGUCCAUGUGGGCCUACGUUGUGAUCGGUGGUUUCAUCCUGUUCGUCUCCCUCGUCUUCUUCAUCCUUUACGCCCGCCACAGCCCCUCUAGUGGCAGGGCCCAGACCCCCUCAGGGAAACCCCUGGUGUCCAAGCACCACAACGCACUCAUCGCUAUGCUCUUUGUCUUCUUCUUCUGGUACGUGGGGGCCGAGGUGGCGUACGGCUCCUUUAUCUUCACCUACGCUAAGGAUUACAUUCAUAUGGACGAGGCCCAGGCAGCAGGGCUCAACUCCCUGUUCUGGGGAACGUUUGCUGCCGGCCGGGGCUUGGCCAUCUUCUUUGCGACCUGCAUGCACCCAGGCACCAUGAUUCUACUGAGCCUGGUGGGCUGCACCCUGUCCUCCCUGUUCCUCACCCUCUUCAACAGCAACAGGGUGGCCCUGUGGGUCUGCACUGGUGUCUAUGGUGCCUCCAUGUCGACCACUUUCCCCAGUGGGAUCUCCUGGGUGGAGCAGUACACCACGGUGACCGGGCGCUCUGCUGCGGUGUUCGUGGUGGGGGCGGCCCUGGGGGAGAUGGUGCUGCCCGCCCUGGUGGGCUUCCUACUGGGAAGGAUCCAUGAUCAGCCCUUGCUAAUGUACCUGGCCCUGGGCACCGCCACCAUCACCUCCAUCCUCUUCCCCUUCAUGUUCUGGCUGGCCUCGUCCCCCAGCGGCCCCGGCAGGACACCUCGCACCAGGAGCCACAUGGAGCCUGACGACAGCGAGUACCGCCAAGCCUUGCUGGACUCGGGCGCCAAUGAUGAGGAAGAGGAGCAGGAGCAGCAGCGGGAACAGAAGCAGGAUGACGAGGCCGACCAGUGGAAUGAUGCCGACUUCGAGGUCAUCGAGAUGGAUGACGCCAGCCUUAUGAUCUCUCCUAAUAAAGCGGCGCUCUCUUCUCCGAGCAAAGCGCUCUCUUUAUCUCCUAAUAAAGCGUUGUCAUCUCCUAACAAAGGGCUUCCACCACCUGAUGUUUCUGGGACAUCAGGGGACACCACUGCCACAUCUGUCCCCGCUACUCUCCAGUCCCUAGAGCCAACAGUUGGGGCCUAUUUCUCAGACUCUAUCUCUCUCCAGGGAGACUCACCCAGACGGAAACUGCUGCGUUCCCUGGACCGGCAGAAGAGAGAUUAGGGGCUAGAUUCAGUCAGAUCAAGCAUUAACCGGCGAUUGCCGACACCCCCAUAGCUGGUGUUUUGGUGGUGUAUCUGCAUUAGAGCUGUCAAAUCGGAGCUGCUGCUCUCAUGGUCAUUGUCACGAAGCCAUACUCGUCCCAAUCAUGUUAGAAGUCCAGAACGAGAAAGUGUAGAUUAUGUAGAAAUAAUGACGCUCAAAUGUAAAAUCAUUAAACAAAAUUAGGAUGUCUAUCAACCUAAUCGAAGUGUAGAUUUAUAUCUCACAUUCCACUAAACAACUUGUAAACAAGCUGCAUGGGAUUUCUCUUAAUGUGACUACGUGCAGCCAAUGGCAAUAUCCGCUUUAGGUAUAAUGCCGGGAGCCACUUGUGGAUUUGACAGCUCUAAUGCAGUUCCACCUCUGACACUCUGCCUGGGAGCCCGCGAUUCAAUCGGAUUAACAGUAAGGCCGGGAUUCAAUCCUAAAGCCAGGAUUGCAUCCGAUCGUGCUUUGUCUGCAAUGUACCUUUUUAAAGGCAAUUUCCUUGCGUUCAGAGACCACGUUUACAGUCAAUGCUGCAUAUGUCGAAAUUACCCUUAAAUUGUCCAUUGUCACGAAGUGCGAUCGGAAUGAAUACCGGCCUAAGGGCUCUAGUCUGAGAAAUGCGCCAUUACUCCAAGUGCUUUAAAGACGUUACUGUAUUCUAGAAGAGCCAUGGCUCUCUUCAGAAAAACUUGUUGAUGUCUGAUUGUCCGUGACUGUAAUCGGACCUGUUUAGUUUAACACACAUGUAAAUGUUUGAUACUAGAUUUACAGUGCAAUAUAAUUUACCCCACUCUUACACAGCUUAUGUCUACUACAUCAUUUGAAGCUGUAUGCUGUGGUGGAAAUGGGAUUUGUUUAAACAUUAAGACCCCUUGCCACUGUUGCUGGUAAUAAAUUAUAACAGUUACAUGAGUGAUUUCACAGGAGUGCAACACUAAACGUUUUUUUCCUUUAGAUAUCCUAAAGAUGUCAUUUUCUUUGUCAUAUUUAUAUUUAGUAAAUAUUUGAAUUAUCAGCCGUUAAAGAUAGGAAUUUUGAAUAAUUUUGUUUUUGUCAGACCUUUGUUUGAAUAUAUGUCGCAUUCACGUGCUAGUUGGAACUUGGCAACUCAAACAUGUUAGACUUGCUAACUCGUUGUAGAAAGAUGUUCCCGAGUUUCCCACUUAGAAAGUAUCAGAAUCAAGCCUCUGGGCAAAGAUGUAAAAUCAAAUCAAAUUGUAUUAGUCACAUGCGCCGAAUACAACAAGUGUAGACCUUACAGUGAAAUGCUUACUUGCGAGCCCCUAACCAACAAUGCAGUUUAAUUAGAUGUUCAGGAAUCUUAUGGCUUGAGGGUAGAAGCUGUUUAGAAGCCUCUUGGACCUAGACUUUGUGCGCCGGUAUCGCUUGCAAGCAGAGAGAACAGUCUAGGAAUAGGGUGGCUGGAGUCUUUGACAAUUUUUAGGGUCUCCCUCUGACACCGCCUGGUGUAAAGGUCCUGAAUGGCAGGAAGCGUGGCCCCAGUGAUGAACUGGGCUGUACACCCCAACCUCUGUAGUGCCUUGCAGUCAGAGGCCGAGCCUUUGCCAUACCAGGCAGUGAUGCAACCAGUCAGGAUGCUCUCGAUGGUGCAGCUGUAGAACCUUUUGAGGACCCAUGUCAAAUCUUUUCAGUCUCCUGAGGGGGAAUAGGUUUUGUUGUGACCUCUUCACGACUGUCUUGGUGUGCUUGUACCAUGUUAGUUUGUUGGUGUUGUGGACGCCAAGGAACUUGAAGCUCUCAAUCUGCUCCACUACAGCCCCGUCGAUGAGAAUAGGGGUGUGCUCCGUCCUUUUCCUGUAGUCCACAAUCCUCCUUUGUCUUGAUCACGUUGAGGGAGAGGUUGUCCUGGCACCACACGGCCAGGUCUCUGACCUCCCUAUAGGCUGUCUCGUCGUUGUCGGUGAUCAGGCCUACCAAUGUUGUGUCAUCUGCAAACUUAAUGGUGAUGGAGUCGUGCCUGGCCGUGCAGUCAUGAGUGAACAGGGAGUACAGGAGAGGAUUAAGAACCCACCCCUUAGGGGCACAUGUGUUGAUGAUCAGCGUGGCGGAUGUGUUGUUACCUACCCUUACCACCUGGGGGCGGCCAAUAUCUAUUCCAUAUUGGUUCAACAGAAUUGAAUUAAAAUGACGUGGAAAUGAUGAUUCAACCAGUGUAUGCCCAGUGGGAACCACUACAGAAAUAAGUUACAUUCAUUUUUUAUCUCAGAGGUUCCCGAGUUUCCGAUAGCACAUGAACACAGCAUGUUUUUUUCUCUCACUUUUCUGUAAACAUUUUUUUUAUUUAAGUCUUGUGCUGUGAUGAAUUUUCUAGUAAUCUGUAGUUUUUCCAUACAGAUGUGUGAUCUUUGUUAAAGUUGAUCACGUUUGAAUGUUUCUAUUAAAACAAAUCAAAGCCAUGAAAAAUACUAAAACACAAAGACUAGAGAAUUUAAUACAUUGAGUUUUAUUAUAUCAAUCUUCAACCUCCACCCACAGCAAUGUCCAUUAAAAACAAAGCAAGAAACACUUCCUUCAUAUUUUUUGUUGUACAUUUACAUUUAUACAAAUACACAGAUCCUGUGUAUAGUUGUUUGGGAAAUAAUAUAAUCCAUCUUGACAUGGGUAGAUGGCAUAUGCUGUUUUAACAUGGAGAAAGCAUUAGAAAUGUGUACAAAACAAAUAUGCACAAGGAAAUAAUAUAUACUCUUGCCAUAAAUUAUCAAAAUACAGUAUUGCAACAGUCCCAGAAGUAAAAACUGAAAUGAAUACUCCCCCAUCCUCUUUUUAUAGGCAUUAGUGCCUCAGGGUAUAAUGAU